AUGACGGUCAAACGAGUCCUGGUCAUUGCAGGAUCUGAUAGCUCGGGUGGCGCUGCCGAUUUCAAUCGAUUGACCAGGCUGUGCUGCUUGCAAAUUAAUUCACGCGAAUCAAUGUAUGGAAUUGAUCUGACUUAUAACAGUGGCCUCGAAGCUGAUCAAAGGGUUCUCGCAGCCCAUGGCUGCUAUGCCCUCACGGCCACAACGGGACUGACGGCGCAAAACACCCUAGGUGUUCAGGACAUCUUUGUUGUGCCAUCAGAGUUCGUGCGGAAGCAGAUCAAUGCUGGUCUGGAAGAUGUCGGUGCAGAUGUGGUCAAAUUGGGCAUGCUCUCCUCUGCUGAGACCAUUGAUGUCAUCGCAGAAACAUUGCAGGCUCACCAUGUUCCAACCAUUGUUCUUGACCCGGUGAUGGUUUCCACCAGUGGAUCACAAUUGUUACCAGAAAAGGCAGUCAAGGAAGUACGAACCAAACUACUUCCUCUCACUACCAUUUUGACGCCAAACAUCCCAGAGGCUCAACUUUUACUGAAAGAUGCCGGGGCAGAAGCCUCCGAGCCAACGAGUCUUGAUGAAAUGAUUGAACUUGCCAAGAAGAUCUGCGCUUUGGGCCCUCGGGCUGUGUUGCUCAAAGGGGGACAUCUUCCUCUGUCAAAAGAGCAUAAGAUUUGUCAAGACCCCAAAGAUGCAACCACUGUCGUGGAUAUUCUCUUUGAUGGAACGACAACCACCCUGUUCGAGACCGAGUUCUUGAUAUCCAAAAACACGCACGGCACGGGCUGCUCGCUUGCUUCUGCAAUUGCCGCAAAUCUGGCAUCCGGAAAGGACAUGAUCAGAUCCGUUCGCAGUGCCGUGCGAUUUGUUGAGAUAGGUAUCAAGACAAGCACCGAUCUGGGCAAGGGAAGUGGGCCAAUCAAUCAUUUCCACUCUACCUACACCAUGCCCUUUGCACCUGGCCGAUUCAUUGAGUACAUAUUGGACCGCCCAGAUGUGCAGCGAGUGUGGCAGGACUUCACGCACCAUGACUUUGUCAAGGGUAUGGGCCAAGGCACCCUACCUCUUCAGCGCUUCAAGGCGUAUCUUGUACAGGAUUAUCUCUACCUGGUUCAAUUUGCCCGAAGCAAUGCACUAGCCUCAUACAAGGCCAAGACUAUGGAUUCGAUCGCAGCGUCUGCCCAAAUCGUACUUCACAUUCAGCGGGAAAUGGCACUGCAUAUUGAAUACUGUACCUCUUUUGGACUUUCUAAGCAGGAGAUGGAAGACACACCUGAGACCAUUGCUUGCACGGCAUACAGUCGAUACAUCUUGGACGUCGGUCAAUCCGAAGACUGGCUGGCGCUUCAAAUGGCGCUCGCACCAUGCUUGAUCGGAUACGGUGCCAUUGCCAAACGAUUGCAUGCAGAUGCUGGAACCUUACGCCAAGGCAAUCAGUAUUGGAAAUGGAUUGAGAACUAUGUUGCCGACGAUUACACAGAGGCUGUCCAGUUGGGCUCAGCGUUGUUGGAGAAACACAUGCAGUUAGUCUCCCCCAGUCGCAUGGAUGAAUUGAUCAAGAUCUUCGUCCGAGCUACAGAGUUGGAGAUCCGGUUCUGGGACAUGGGGUUGGAUGGGAGCGGUCGAUAG